AAGAUACGAAAAAGGAGAAAACAACGGAAAGCCCCCGAUGCACCGAAGAAAGCACUGACCCCGUAUAUCAUUUUCAGUAAAGAGAUCCGGCCCAAGAUAAAAGCAAGCGUCGAGCAAGGUACCAAGGUUACCGAGAUUGUUCGUAUCAUUGCUGAGAAAUGGGCAGCGAUGACAGAUGAGGAAAAGGCUCCAUAUGUGAAACUAGCCGAAGAAGAUAAAAUCCGGUACAGUCGCGAGAUGACCACGUACGAUGGUCCUCUGCAUGUCCCAGUCGUUCAAAAGCGCGGCCAUCAAAAUAAAGUCCCGGGUGCUCCCAAACGCGCCAUGUCUCCCUUCCUCUUCUUUUCGAACGAGAAACGAGGUCAGAUUCAAACCGAGAAUCCCUCCAUGAAGAUCACCGAGGUCUCUGUGAAGCUGGGCGAGAUUUGGCGUGACAUGACAGAAGAGGAAAAGGAGCCAUAUAUGCAGAAGAGCCGCGAGGAUCGAGACCGCUACCACGCGCAGCAGGACGAGUUUAAAGGAAAGAACAGCCAGCAAGCCACUACAAAGCCGACGAGCAGCAUUUCUGUGCCGAUGAAUCCGGAUAUUUCUGGAAAUCAGUGGAGUUUGCCUCUGCCGGAGAGUUCGAAUACCUCGAUGUACCAGAGGAUUUAUGAAAUGUCUCCACAGAACUCUUCCUUUACGAAUAUUUCCAUUCCCAUGGGGUUUAAUGGUAUGGAACGCUUGUAGAGGUCUCAAUUAGGUGUUGUUACAUAAUUUGUUAUUCUUUGU